GUGCCUAGACAACUGCAAUCAAGGAUUGAGUAGUGAGGAUGUACCCACAAGUAAGUUGCAGUAACCGACUGGGCGCCAAUAAAUCUAUUCUUCCAAAAAGACUCUCCCAAAGUAAACAGUAAUGCAGCUGCGCGUCAUUCAAGACUUCUGUAAACGUGUAAAAGGCACUUAGACAUGAAAAGAUUCUGCAGGCAACAGCAACAGCUGCAGUAACUCAUUUGCGGAGUCCGUUGCUAGGUGGUGAGUGAAUGCCCGUACGCAAAUCAGUCAAUGGCCGAUGGAGUGCCUCAGUGCGUUUGGUGGAACUUGGACCAAGUUUCAGAAUGGAUAGAAGCCUUGGGUUUUCCACAGUACAAGGAAACACUCCGCAUCAACUUGAUCAAUGGACGAAAACUAAUUUGCGUGAAUGCCUCAACUCUUCCAAUGAUAGGAGUAACAGACUUCAAUCACAUUCAGAUAAUCGCUAAAGGAGUUCGAGACCUGCUUGGAAUAGACGAGCCUGACACUGGAAGAAGCAUUGCUUUGCCUCGACACAAUCCAAUAGGAAUGUUCCUCGAAAGAAAAAGCCAGACAGGAAGACAGGCCGACCGCCUGCAGUACAGUACUGAUAAGACUACAUAUAACUAAACUGUUGAUAGAACCAAGUAAAUAUAUAUAAACAGCAAAACAAGUUACCGCAACCAUAAAUCAGAUUUCUAAUGCACUUGACUAUACUAGUACGCAU